AUGUGGUUCCAGUGGGGCGAGCAGCGCGACUACAUCGACACCACGUGGGGCUGCGGCUACGCGCUGGCCUCCGCCUUCGUGCUCCUCAACCUGCUGGGACAGCUGACCGGCUGCGUCCUGGUGCUGAGCAGGAACUUCGUGCAGUACGCCUGCUUCGGGCUCUUCGGGAUCAUAGCGCUGCAGACCAUUGCUUACAGCAUCCUGUGGGACUUGAAGUUUUUGAUGAGGAAUCUGGCCCUGGGAGGAGGCUUGUUGCUGCUCCUCGCGGAGUCCCGCUCCGAAGGGAAGAGCAUGUUCGCAGGCGUCCCCACCAUGCGCGAGAGCUCUCCCAGGCAGUACAUGCAGCUCGGAGGCAGGGUUUUGCUGGUCUUGAUGUUCAUGACCCUCCUUCACUUCGACGCCAGCUUCUUCUCGAUCCUCCAGAACAUCGUGGGCACAGCCCUGAUGAUCCUAGUGGCCAUCGGUUUUAAAACCAAGCUGGCCGCUUUGACUCUUGUCGUCUGGCUGUUUGCCAUCAACGUGUACUUCAACGCCUUCUGGACCAUCCCCGUCUAUAAGCCCAUGCACGACUUCCUGAAGUACGACUUCUUCCAGACCAUGUCGGUGAUUGGAGGCUUGCUCCUGGUGGUGGCCCUGGGCCCCGGGGGUGUCUCCAUGGACGAGAAGAAGAAAGAGUGGUAACAGGCCCCUCCCCUGCCUGGCUGAGACCCGUGGCCAUCGAGGACUGGUUCGGGGUGGAUUCGACAAAACUGCCAGCAUUCAUGUAUUCUCUUCCCUUCCCUCUCUUGGUAAAGGCACAGAUGUUUUGAGAGUUUAUUUGCAGAUACCUGGAAAUUGAUGGCUAAAUUUGCUCUGGACCCACAACCUAGUAUCCGACCAUCGGAGCUGGCUGGCCGGACGGCAGUAUCUCCCCCCCGCAAGGCAAGGCCGAGGCUUCUCGGAGCGGGUGGCCGGCUUGGCCGCGGCCUCACUUCCUAUUUUGUUUCUGGUUUGCGGGCGGGGGCCUUCAGGCUGUACUGUGAGCAGAUACAUUUGCGUAUCAUUCAAAGCGGUCUCCCUCUUAUUAUUUUUUAAGUUUCUGUUUUUAACUAAAAUGAAAGGAUUCGGGAUGGCCCAGCCCAACAUCAAACACACUGUCAAGUCCUGGUUUUAAACCGCACCCACGGCUCCGAGAUGUCCCUGCCCCGCACUGUAAUACUUGCGGGGCCGGUGACGGCAUUUGGAGACCCAAACCCAAAGAAUGACGCUGCGCUGGAGGGUGGCCGCAGCCGUGUCCAGGUGGAACUCACUCACCAGAAAGCACCUCGGACGGGGCCGAUGUUUGAGAGGGCAACCCCCUGGGAGCUAACUUAGAGGAGCCACGAGUCCUCAGAUGCCCCUGGAGCCGCAGGGACCCACGCUCUGACCCUGGCCUGGCCACACGUCUGGAGGUUGGCUCCCAUGUGAGGGGCGUGGGCCGAGCGGCAGCCGCGUGGGGCAGGGCAGCAACAAAGCGGGCUCUCAGACCAGUUACCUCACCCCCGACCUUUACACAGAGCCUCUGCUGAAGCCAUGGGCCCAGCUCCGAGCUGGCUGAGUGCCCCGCCUGGUUCUCCUUCGGCUGGAGGGAGCCUUCCCAGGCUGUGCAGCCGCGACUUCCCAUCCUCACAAGGCUGUCGCUUGCUUGGAUUGUCUAUCUGCUAUGCUGAAUGCAGCCCAAAUUACUUUUUACGAUUUGUGAUGCCUUACUGAUUGGAUCUUAAUCCUGUAUUUAAAGUUUUCUAACAUUGCCUUAUACUGUGUUUCACUUCUUGGGGGUACGAGCGCCUGCCUGUUGCUCCUCCGCUCAUUUGGCUGUAGCUAACGCCAUGAGGGGAGAGUGGGACAUCUCUGUGCCUCCCCCUACCCGCCCCGCCCUCC